AUGUCUGACCAAGUUGCUACACAGAUGUGUUUCCUCGUGCGGGUCGCAUCUGUGGGAUGGCCCCUUGCGAUGAUGCCGGUAGCGGCUGAAUCAGCAUUCAAGUCUGCUUACAGCACUAGGGCGCUGCCCGAUCUCUUCACACGAUUCGCGGAGAGCAUGGAUAUUAAUUUUCCGCCUCCGCGAGACGCCGGGGAGGAUCCAAUCGUCGUCAAAGUCGAUAUUACCUUCAAUCACUUAGUGAGCAUAACUCCGACGGAGGAAGCAGUAGAAUUGAGUGCGUGGUACCACCUGUAUUGGAAUGAUGAGCGUCUGGUCUACAAUGAUUCUCAGGUUUUUGGAAGCGGGUGGAAUUCCGAAGGCGACUAUGUUGCAAUACCUCCAAGACUGAUCUGGACACCAGAUAUCGUGCCGUACUACCCUGCAAGAGUAGACUCGGACAGUACAUUUGCAAACAAUGCGUACGCCUACCUUUUCGACUUAGAGUUUUUGAGGGCGAAUGGGUACAAUGCUCACUGGGUUCGUCCUGCGAAUAUUAAUUUUCAUUGCGACAUUGACAUGUCAAACUUUCCAUGGGAUAGUCAUGUCUGUGCCUUGAUCGUUGGGCCCUGGCAUGCGAAGGCAUCAAAUCAUCGUUUCCUGCACGGGAAUAUGCUGGCCCACGGAGAUGAAAGUAAUUAA